CCUCACACGUCUUAAUCUUUUAAAUGGUUCUGAUUGGCUGCUGGGUAUUUUAGCCAGCAGCACAGAAAUGUCUGUUGCAUGCUCUUAUUUCUGCUUGCUCUUGAGACGCCACCCACAGAAACCUCCCUACGCCUGUGACUCACAGUACUCAAAUAUAGCCAAAGAUUAACAUCACGUCAGACAGACAGAGAGAGGGGGGAACUUCCUGCCUCGGUGCUCAAAAGAGAAUGUCCGAGGACCUGGUCUGCGGUCGAAUAGGCUUUUUGUAAGUUCAACUAUCUGAAGUCCUCCACGGGAUUUGCGGUCUGUCAAUGAGGAACUACAGGCUCAUCUUCUGUCACAACCUGAAGCAGCCAUAGAUGCAUGUACCAGUCUGCGCGGGAGGAGGACAGGAGAUUAACUGAACUUCUGGGUCUUUUAAUUGCCAAACGACAAGUGCGGUGUAGUGGCGGAGGGAGUGAUGAGGAAGAGCCUCUCCCCCCCUGGCAUCUCCCUGGGUGAGGGCGAGGGCCGAGUGUUCGGGGUCGCCCUGGAGGAGCUGCAGACCAGUGGCCAGCCUGGCCAACAGGUGCCCCUGUUCGUCAGGAACAUCGUGGAGUACAUCGAGGAGCACGGGGGACUGGACAUGGAGGGUGUGUUCCUGGUGAACGGGAAUGCGGAGCGUGUGGAUUGGCUCAGGCAGCGCUAUGACAGCGGCGAACAAGUGGACCUGCAGAAGGAGGCGGACCUGGCCUCGGCCAUCAGCUUGCUUCGCCUCUUCCUGCAGGAGAUGCCCCAAGCCGUCAUCCCCAACAACCUGCAGACCCAUAUCCUGCAGAUUUAUCAAGAGUACACCAGUGAGGAGGAGCUGGCGCGGAACCUGAAGUACUGGCUGCAGCAGCUACCCCAGCUCAACUACAGCCUGCUGCGCUUCCUGUGUCGCUUCCUGUCCGGCGUGGCCUCCCUGCAGGAGGAGAGCUGGAGCCUCGGGACGCUCGCCGCCGUCUUCGGCCCAGAUAUCUUUCACUCGGGCACUGAGGUGGAGGAGCUGAGGGAGCAGGAAUCAGUGAGCCGUGUGCUUGCCGACCUGCUGGAGAAUCAGGAGGAGCUGUUCGACUCAGAUGAGGAGGACGACGUGUCCACCACCAACGACUACAGCUCCGUCAACGAGCAGAUCACAGAGCUUCUGGAGGACGAUCGUGUGGAGGGGUGUGAGGAGCUCCCUCGAGACGGAGAGGACGUCGCCCCCUCGCUCCCCCCUAACAGCCCCCCAGACUCCGACAGCAGCCCCUCCAGUUCCCAUAUCUCCACCAUCAGUAUACUGCCUGGAUCAGCAGAUAUCAUACAGAGGACAAUCCGGGCUGCGGUGGAGCAGCACUUCCUUGAGCUGAAGAGUUAUGAGAGCUCAACCUGCCAGACAUCACAAAGCCUCUGUGAGUGUGUAAGUGUCCCUGAUGUAAAGGAUGAAGAAGUGGAACAGUCUGAGGGAGAUGACCCAUCUUCCUCCAACAUGCUGGAGCAAACAAGUACAGAGGACAAUCAGGACCUGGCCUCACACGGCUGCCCAUCCCCCAGUGCUGCUCUGGAAGAAGGUUCUGGAAUGGAGCUGGACUCUGAGAGUCUGGUGGACACGGAGAACAACAUCAACACAGCCAGACAGGACAGUUACCAGUCCUGUGAACAGAUGGAACACACAGACACCAUCAGCUGUGAUGAUGAGCUGAAUGCCAACACGGAGCAAGACCGAGAGCACCUGCAGCUCAGCCGCAUCUUCCCCGAUGGAGAGUGGGAAGCCCGUCGUCCCGCCCCUGUCCCCCUCAUAGAUUUCUCAUGUAUGCACCUGCAGCAGGAAGGGCACGACCCUGUGCCAGACUGUAAGGUCUGGCAGCAGGAGGACAGUGAGUGUGGAGAAGCCCAACUCUCCCCAUUGGCCAGUCGGAUGUUACCCCUCCCACUUGAGGAAGAUGCCCCGCCCCUGCUGGCUCGCCGCUUCCUGGAUUUUGGCCACGGUCAGAGAUUCUUCCAACAGGAUCCAGAAAACACAUCACCCACCAAAGCAAUGUCAGCUGGGAGGCAGCGCCGUAACUCCCUGAGUUCCAAAGAGAGUGUGAAAGUGGAUGCCGUGUCCCAUCAGCUCACCAAGAAACUGCAGAACCUCAAGAAGAAGAUCCGCCAGUUUGAGGAGCAGUUUGAGAAGGAGAAGAACUACAAGCCAUCUCAUGGUGAUAAGGCAGCUAACCCAAAGGUCCUGAAGUGGAUGACUGACCUCACUAAAAUCCGCAAGCAGAUCAAAGGACGUCAGCUGCUCAGGCACCAGGCCCUGCUGCAGAGUCACAGGCGCCACCACGCGUCUGGACCUGCCGCUGCCGCCGCCGCCACCGCGGCCUGCUCCUCCUCCUCCUCCUCCUCCUCCUCCUCCCCGAACACACACCACCUGCUACACACCCCCUCACGCCCCCCCUCCGCCCAUAGGCAGGGCCCCCACCUCAAUGCCCGGCAGCGUUUGGAGUCGGAGCUGACC